AUGGCUUCUACCGAGCCCCCCAACAUCCCUGUGGUGGACUUUGCUGGCUGGAACACAGAGUCCAGUCGUCAGCGAAUCGCCCAGGACAUCGUCGCUGCCUGCAAAACAGUGGGCUUUGUAUACAUCAUCAACCACUCAUUGCCAGAGUCGAUGUUAGACGAGGCAUUCAACUGGUCGAAGCUAUUUUUUGAACUGCCACAAGACGAGAAACUCAAAGCACCACAUCCAGAGGGAUGGGCGGUUCACAGAGGGUAUUCUUGGCCUGGGCUGGAGAAGGUGUCACAGGCGAUGAGUACUGGUAAUGACCAGGAAAGGGCGGACCAGCUGAGAGAGGUUACAGACAUUAAAGAAAGCUAUGACAUAGGAAGCGACCAGAAUGCCACCCAGCCUAAUCAAUGGCUGCCCGAACACACUCUUCCUGGAUUUCGUGACUUCAUGCUCCGCUUCUACUGGGAGUGUUUUCGUGUCGGAGGGGAGGUCCUACAAGCGCUUGCUGUUGGUUUGGAGCUAGACGAGAACCAUCUGCUUGAGAAGCACUCGGGUCAUAAUAAUCAGCUGCGCCUACUACACUAUCCGUCUAUCCCGGCAGAAGCAAUUGAGACAGAGCGUGCAGCCAGAUGCCCCGCACAUACCGAUUGGAGCUCGAUCACCUUGCUGUUUCAAGAUGAUUGUGGUGGGUUGGAAGUCGAGGAUGUUUCAUCACCGGGCAAAUUUGUCUCUGCUACGCCAAUCAAGAAUGCAAUUGUGAUGAAUGUGGGAGAUCUUUUGCAGAGGUGGAGUAAUGAUCUUCUGAGGUCUACCAGCCAUCGAGUCACCUUGCCCCCUCUUCCUGAUAGGUUCGAAGGAGCUGAUCGUAUGACCCGUAGACGGUUCUCUAUCCCGUAUUUCAUGGCACCGGAACCUGACUCGGUGAUUGAAUGUAUUCCAUGUGUCGGAGAAGGUGCUGCAAAGUAUGAGCCGAUCACACAGGCUGGAUACAACUAA